AAUUCGAACCUCGCCCGCGCAUUCCACCCCCGCACCACUACUUCUCUCUUCCACUCGUCCGCUAGAGCUAUGGGUGUCACCAAGACCACCAUCACCGAGGGCAACGGCCCAUCGCCCAACAAGGGCGACCAGGUCACCAUGCUGUACACCGGCUGGUUGAAGAACGCCGACGGCUCAAAGGGCAAGGAGUUCGACUCCACCCAGAAGCCCGGCCGUGGUCCCUUCAAGACCGCCAUUGGCGUCGGUCGCGUCAUCAGGGGCUGGGACGAGGGUGUUCCUCAGAUGAAGCUCGGCGAGAAGGCUACCCUCGACAUCACCAGCGACUACGCAUACGGCGACCAGGAGUUCCCUGGCCUCAUUCCCAAGAACUCGAACCUCAUCUUCGAGGUCGAGCUCCAGAAGAUCAACUAAGCAGUUCGCGCUUACUGCUGGGUAUCGCCGUCGAAAAGGUGGACACAUG